AUGCUGAGGAUGCUGGUGUGGUCUGUGAGAGAGGCUCAGAAUAACAGCCAUGUCUACGCCCUGGACCACAACGCAGGACUCGCUAACCACAUAGGGGCGCUGUUUGACAGUGGACGCGACUGUGACUUUGACAUCAUGGUAUCACUGUACACAAGGCAGAUCAACAUCACUGUGUCAUCUGCCCAGUGCAUCCACAAGAUGGCGUCCGACUGGAGUCUGAGGCAGCUCCAGGAGGCGGCAGGGAGGCUCUUCACCUGGCUGCUCCCAGAGGAUGCCUCCUUCCAGACCCAGAUCUCUCUGUACGAGCACUCCAUCUGUACAGGCGACCCAGUUCUGCAUGAAACCUGUCUGCACUACCUUGCCUGGAACUGUGAGUCGCUGAGCCGUUCCCCAACCUGGACUGGUCUUGGUCUGGGCACAUUAAAGGCCCUUCUGGCCCGUUCAGAAGUGGUAGUGCCAGAUGAUGCCUUCUUGCUAAAGGGUUUGGAGGACUGGGUGUUGGAUCAGGGUAACUCAUCCACCCACGAAGACCAGGUCGCCCUUUUGGACUACAUUCCUUUUGCCAUGAUCGCUGCUGAAGAUUUAUUCAACCUCAAAGCUAAGUCUAAACUGUACAUGGACCAACUAGAGCGGUAUAAUGCCGGCAUGUUGCCGGGCUUUCAGUUCAAUGCGCUGCCCUUCCGGAUGCUGUUUGGGAACCUCCUCCAUAAAUAG